AUGCAGGAAGGUUACGAGGCAAGAUUUCUCAACCACCUUCACUACCUGGCUUCCCAGGGCUUAGAAAUGCUUGCACGCCUCCAGAAAAUGAGCCUUGAAGAGUUAACAGAAUUCAUUUUAACGACAUACCUGGACUCCAGGGAGUUUGACUACCCCGCUGUUUCUAUAACGGCAGAAAACCCAGACUUUUCCUUAGGAACACAAGAAGAUGAUCGACCUUGGCUUCCGUGGGUAUACCUUGAUGCCAUCCUUGAGGAUGCGUAUGAUUGGGAAAAGGAUGGGUAUGAAGAAUGGGAGGAUACUUGGAGUCGUGCGAUUCCCUUCUGGGAUCCAAGUGAGGAUGAGUGUCCAUAUAGUGACCAUCCAUAUAGUUCGUACUUUGUGAGUAGGGAUAAGUUCUGGUUCCUAUACCGAAAACGGGCAGACUAA